AUGGCCUCUACACUGCCCCAAACCAUGGAGAGCUCCGUGGAUGACCUGCCAUCCGGUACUCCAUCGUUCUCCCAUACAAAGGAACGGGUUCAGGAGACGAAGAACGAUGGCUUUAGUGGCCCAGCCUCGACGGCAAGCAGCCUCUCCGGAUCUCAUGGCCCUGUACCAGAGGAGAACACCCAUGUAAAGACUGGCUCCGGCGAACGUGCCCAAGUUCCGCCAUAUCUUUUUGGCGGCAUUCCUCUGCUUCUUGUCAAGGACAUUGGCGGCGGCGACAACUGGAUCUGGUUCAUUAGCGGCAACCUCCUCGGUUCCGCUGCCAUCUGCCCUUUCGUCGGUGCCCUCUCGGACCUGCUGGGCCGCCGCUACGUUGCGAUCCUCGGCGCCCUCCUUGUCAUGGUCGGACAGAUUGUCUGCAGCGUUGCAAAGAACAUGAAUGUCUUCAUCGGCGGAAUGGUUGCCUCUGGUGUUGGCGCGGGUAUCAACGAGUUGACUGCGCUGGCUGGCACUGCGGAGCUGGCGCCGACCUCCAAGCGCGGCAUCUACAUUGCGGCUCUGAUCCUGAGCAUUAUUCCCUGGUGUCCCUCGGUCUUGUGGGCUCAACUCAUCACUGCAAGUUCGUCCUGGCGCUAUGUCGGCCUGCUGUCUGCCCUCUGGGCUUUUGUGGGACUGGUCAUCGUCGCUUGCUCGUACUUCCCUCCUCCACGUAUCAACUCCCAGGGUCUCUCUGUCAAGGGUGUAGUCGCCCGAGUCGACUUCCUCGGAGGUCUACUAUCUAUCGGCGGCAUAACUCUCUUCAACGCUGGCCUCCUCUGGGGCGGGUAUCAGUAUGCAUGGAACGACGCUCACGUCCUAGCAACGCUCAUAAUCGGCGCCGCCAUGGUGGUCGCCUUCGCGUGCUGGGAGAUCUGGGGCGCCAAGUACCCAAUGUUCCCCCGCCGCCUCGGCAAGAAGCCCCGGACCCUGGUCCUCCUCCUGGUCAUCACCUUCGUCGCUGGCGCCAACUUCUUCGCCGUCAUCAUGCUCUGGCCCUCCCAGGCGUACAACGUCUACGGCCACGACCCCGUCGGCGUCGGCGUCCGCGGCCUGCCCUUCGCCUUCGGCGUGCUGGCCGGCUGCGUCGUCAACCUGCUCCUCCUGACCUGGUCCCGCGUCGGCAUCCGGUGGCUCACGCUCAGCGCCUCGUGCGUCAUGACCGCCGGCUGCGGCGCCCUGGCCGCCGCCACGCGCGACAACAUCGGCGCCGUGUACGCCUUCCUCUUCCUCGCGGGCGUCGGCGUCGGCGGCGUCGUGCUCCCCGCCGCCAUCGCCAGCACCAUCAUCUGCCCGGACGACCUCAUCGCCACCGUCACGUCCCUGACGCUGGCCGUCCGCGUCGUCGGCGGCGCCGUCGGCUACACCGUCUACUACAACGUCUUCUACAGCAAGGUCGUCCCGCUGCUCGCGCGCCACGUCGGCGGCGCCAUGGUCCGCGCCGGCUUCGGCCCGCGCGACCCGCUCGUCGAGGCGGUCGUCCGGAUGACCGGGCAGGCCAUGAUCGACGAGAUCGGCGCUCUGCCCGCCGUCGCCGCCGAGCCGGGACUGUUCGAGAGGCUGGUCGUCGCGGGCCAGACGGGCUUCGCCGAGGCUUACCCCUGGGUGUACUACUGCAGCAUCGCGUUUGGGGGCCUCGCCAUCGUGUCGAGCCUCUUCCUCGAGGACAUCAGCGAGUUCAUGGAUGAUCAUGUUGCUGUUGUCAUCCGUUGA